AUGGACUAUGACCAAAAUUAUAGUAGCAGAUAUGAAAUUGCCUCCUGUGGAGCAGGCCUCAUAGAGCAGCUCCAUACCCCAAAGCCAUCUUGCCAUGAUAGGCCAGUGAGCACAUCUUACCUGGCAGUACCAGCGUGCGGCCAGGGGACGGAGGAUCCCGCGCACCCCCGCGGGCACGUCUUCGGCGCCAGCUGCCUGCUGCCCUGGGCGGCGCGGAGGCGCGGGUGCCCGCUGCAGUGCCAGCAGCCGGCGCCGGGCGAGCUGUCCCGGGCGCUCCCGCUGCAGAGCCUGGUCCAGCGGCUCGGUGCUGCGCGACUACAGCUCCCGGGGCUGCUGCCGCGCCGUGCGGUUGUGGGAGCUGGCGGCGCACGGCGAGCGCUGCGCCUCCCCCCCGGGCUGCUGUGGAGCCGGCCGGGAGGCCCGGUGGUCCGCGACCGAGGCCCGCCGGGGUGGGGACACGCGCGGCCGAGCGCCUCGGACCCGGGGCUCCGGUCGUGGCCUGCGGGCGGCGCGGGAAGACGCUGCUGGGGCAUCUCCGCCUGCUGCAGCGCGAGGUACCAGAAGUUGGCCCGGUUCAUGGCUCUCAUUCGCAACUUCGCGGGGGACCCUAGAAGCCGCCGCAGGGAUGGAGAACACAAGUCCAUCACUGUUGUAUUGAAAAGAGAAGAUGAUGCUUUGGGAUUCAAUAUUAUAGGAGGCCGACCACAUCAGAAUAAUCAGAAGCAAUCAGCAACUGAAGGAAUUUAUGUUUCAAAAAUUUUAGAAAAUGGACCUGCAGACAGAGCAGAUGGCCUGAAGAUUCAUGACAGAAUUAUUGAGGGUCUCUCUCUGAACUUGGAGUUCAUCAAUUCAGUUCUACUGGCUGACAAGCAAUCCCCAGGAAAUACUCUCACCUCUGCUUCCCAUUGAUGAUACAGAAGAAAAUGGGGUCACUUUUG